GGUGCUGAUAUUCACUUUCAAUCAUUCAUCGGCAAGUUCUUGACCAGCUCUGUUACUCUUUAACCGGUCCAGUUCUGAGAUAGCCACUUUGUGUGUACUCGGGAACGCUACAGAGGGGGUUGAAUGAUUAAGCCGAGUUCGUUUUUUUUUUAGAUGCUCCACCACCCAGAGGGAGACAGUUUGAAUUUUGAUUCGAGCGCUUGCUGAGGAUCGUAAUUUUUGAGACAUGCCUUCGGCGGGAUUGGAGAUACUCGGAGUGGUGCUGGCCGUGUUGGGAUGGAUCCUGGCCCUGACGUCGUGCAUUCUGCCCAUGUGGAGGGUGACGGCCUUCAUCGGCAGCAAUAUCGUGACGGCGCAGAACAUCUGGGAGGGGAUCUGGAUGAGCUGCGUGGUGCAGAGCACGGGUCAGAUGCAGUGUAAGAUCUACGACUCCAUGCUGGCCCUCAGCGGCGAUCUACAGGCCGCUCGGGCUCUCACCGUCAUCUCCAUCGUGGUGGGCCUGGUGGGCAUCCUGGUGGCCAUGACGGGGGCAAAGUGCACCAACUGCGUGGAGGAGGAGCAGGCCAAAGCCCGGGUGAUGAUCGGAGCCGGGGCGGCGUUCAUCCUGGCGGCGCUGACGCAGCUCAUCCCGGUGUCGUGGUCGGCCAAUGCCAUCAUCGCCGAGUUCUACAAUCCCGUCGUCCUCAGCGCACAGAAGAGAGAGAUGGCUCGCAGGAUGUCCGUGGGUUUGGAGUUGCUGGGCAUCUCCCUGUGCAUCCUGGGAUGGAUCAUUGGCAUCGUGGCUUGCGCCCUUCCCAUGUGGAGGGUGACGGCCUUCAUCGGCAGCAACAUCGUGACGGCGCAGAUCAUCUGGGAAGGCCUGUGGAUGACCUGCGUGGUGCAGAGCACGGGCCAGAUGCAGUGUAAGGUCUACGACUCCAUGCUGGCCUUGAGCCAAGACCUCCAGGCCGCCCGCGCCCUCACCGUCAUUUCCAUCCUGCUCGCCAUCAUGGCCGUGUUGAUCGGCAUCACCGGCGCCAAGUGCACCAACUGCAUCGAGGAGGAGGCCUCCAAGGCCAAGGUGAUGAUCGCUUCCGGCGUCUUCUUCAUCGUAUCGGGCGUCAUGCAGCUCAUCCCCGUCUCCUGGACGGCCAACACCAUCAUCCGGGACUUCUACAACCCGCUGCUGACCGAUGCCCAGAGGCGGGAACUGGGCGCCGCGCUCUACAUCGGAUGGGCGGCCGCCGCCCUUCUGAUCCUGGGCGGCGGACUGCUCUGCUGCUCGUGCCCGCCCAGCGAGGCCCGCUACAGCAAUUCCCGAAUGGCGUAUUCGGCCACCCGGUCGGCGGGGGGCCAGGCGAUGGAGAGGAAAGACUACGUGUGACCGAGGACGGACGGGGACACCGAGACUGGAAGCCCAUCCCGGCCGGAGGACGAUGAAAAAAAAAUUCAUGUAAUUGUCACGGGAUUUGUAUACAUUUUUUUUUCCUAGCUGUAAGUCUCACGAAUGACUUGCUUAAUACUCACUAAUGACUGAUGUUUCACAAAGUCUUCUGAACCAAGGCUCAUAUUUUAGAAAAAUCUCGCCAACAUUGAGGUGGAAUUAAAAGAAAUUGAAUCUGAGCAAGAAGUAGAUUUACUAAAGCAGGGAUGGAUUGAGUUAAAAAAUAAUAAUAAAUUAUUGACAUUUAUAGCGACAUUGUUUAGCAGAGGAAGCAAGUCUGCCAAUAUAAAAAUUUUAGCAAAAUUUGUUGUUUUGAAAGUUUUUCACCAUGAUGGAUGACUAUGUCAUUGUUUUGUAUUUGUCGCUGGAAUCUAACAUUCUGUUUUGGAAGCAUCAAUUUUGAGUUCUCAGAGAACUGGCACGUGUAUUUUUUUUUUUUGUUAUUUUGAGCCUGCCAGCAAUUUUGAAUCUCUACUAACCUAACAAAUAUGUUUUGUAAACUUUGAGGACAACUUGGUGACUUUAGUACAUUUAUUAAGCCGAGGCGUAAAUUUUACAUUUAGAAAAAAAUUCUCUCGGCACAUUUCCAAACGAAAAUAUCACCAAAAUAAGGAUUCAGAUGGUUCAGCGUACCUUCUGCCAAGUAUUUAAUCGUUCUGCCUGUCACUAUACAUCGCCGACAAAGAUAGAUGGGCAAACGGCACAGAAUAUUGCUCAAUAUUGUGAUCCAGACACCAUCAAUUUCCCGCAAGGUGUUCCAAGAUAACUUGAAAUAAUUCAGCGGGGUUAUCAGCAAGCAUAUAUUUAGUAAACAACGAUAAGAGCGUGAUUAAUCGAAUCACGUGACACAUAUACUGUGACGUCAACACUACGAACGUUGUUCACCAUGCAACUUUUCUGUGCUUGUAUCUUCUGACAAUAAACACUCUCAUGUUUGAA